CGAUAACUAUCCCGUUUGCGGUUGUCAGGUCCAGUCAACAACAAAAUUUGCAGCUUCGUCCCAUUUUCUUUGUGCACUUUCUUUGUGUAAAUUUGAUCGCAUUUUUGUGAAAUAAAUACGGUUCCGUUUGGCUUCGGGUUGGCCCGACCUCGGCCAGUAUCAGUGCUGAAAGCGACUAAUGUGCCCAAGUGGAAGAUUUUGAUUCGCUCACUGCGGCUAGCGAACCGAUCCGCAAUUAUUUAUUUUGUUCAAUGGCGAAACGUCUUGGCCCUGGCGCUCCAGCGACAAAUGGAGCGAACAACUCUUCCCCAGGCCAAAAUGAGCAUCUCCGGGAGACAAUCAGCGAUGUGUUCCGGUGUUUCAUAUGCAUGGAGAAGCUGCAGGAGGCCCACCUAUGUCCGCACUGCUCAAAGCUUUGUUGCUAUCUUUGCAUUUCUCGCUGGCUGACGGAGCAACGGCGGCAGUGUCCCCAUUGUCGGGCAACCCUGCAUGUGUCGGAUUUGGUAAACUGUCGCUGGUUCGAGGAUGUCGCCGUCCACAUUGAGAACCUCCAACAGAUUUGUCAGAACAUAAAGUCCUCAAAUUUGAACCAUCGCGAUCAGGAUCAAUGUCCGACGCACAAGGAGAAGUUGAGCGUGUUUUGCUGGACAUGCAUGAAGUGCAUUUGCCAUCAGUGCGCUCUUUGGGGCGGAACCCAUUCCGGACAUACCUUCAAACAAUUAGAACUCGUCUACGAAACUCACCUAGCUCAGGUGAAAGAAGAACAGCAGCAGCUCAAGAGUCGCCUGUUAGAGUUGAUUAGUCUGGUGCAGGACGUCGAGCAAAAUGUGAACACCGUUCGGAGUGCCAAGGAUGAACGUGUCAGCGAAAUGAGGACGGCUGUCAAUCUAAUGGCAGGCCGACUCGAGUCACAACUGAAGGGUAAAUUCGGCACCCUAAUGGACCGAAAGACCUCGUUAACCCAAGAGACUGAACAGCUGGAGCACCUACUGCAAGAAAUUGAACAUCAGCUGAACACCUGCUCAAAAUCACAGCUUAUAAUGAAAUCGGCCGAAUUGCUUAAGAUGAUUAACCAAGUGCGCACAAAACCGAUGACCAGUUACGUAACUGCACCGGUGCCAGCUGAUUUUAUUAGCGAAAUUGUACCAGCGUACGACACCGGAGUAUUUAUUAUGCAAAAUUUUACAAAACUGCAGAAAAAGGCUGAGCCAGUGUAUUCUAGUCCGCUCUAUGUGAACGGACUUUGCUGGAGACUGAAGGUUUAUCCUGGGGGUAAUGGUGCCAUGCGCAAGGAAUACCUAUGUGUGUAUCUAGAACUGACUGUUGGAUAUCCGGAAGCGAGCACGUAUGAAUACCGGCUGCAAAUGAUACAUCCCAACACAUCGAAAAUCAUUCAACGAGAAUUUGUAUCUGACUUCGAAGUUGGUGAAUGUUGGGGGUACAAUCGAUUUUGCCGACUCGAUGCGUUAGCUGAGGAAGGAUAUUUAAACACAAUCAACGAUACUCUAGAGUUGCGAUUCCAGGUGAGGCCAACUACAUUUUACCAAAAAUGCCGCGACCAACAGUGGUACAUCAAUAACCUGUUAAGGACCCAAGCCCUACAUCUGACAGAGAUAAAGACUCUGAGUGAACGAUUAACGCGAACCGAGCGAAUGCUGGGAACAACGAAACAGGCAUCUUCCAUCGUUGCCGAAAUUGCACCUCAUAAGUCGCACAGUGCAUCAGAUGCUAUUGCAACUUCUGCAUACAAUAGCCGUAAAGCUGAUAGUAAAUCCAUAGUAAAAAUCAAUUCCAACACGAGACGGUUAUCAAACAACGAAACGCCUGCCAAAAGUUCUAGCAAUCCGUCGCGCACAAAUUAUGGUCAUACAUCUGCGGAUGAAUUUAGCGCUCUACUUUCAACGCUUCAAAUGCAAUCAUACAAUAUUGCCACAGAGAGCAGCACAACAUCAGCGUCCCAUUGCAACGAAUCUCAAUCGAAGGCCCUCAUCAAAAUGGGACCAAGCUCCUCCGGUACGGCUGCAGGACCAAAUAAUAAUACUCAUCUGCUCUCAGUUUCACAAUCAUCGCCAAAUUUUCAGUCUCACAGUAGUAAUUCCGGUACGGAUUCGGAUGACGAUUUUGCUUCCGAUCGAAAUGAGCUUAAGGAUACCAAGAGGAACAUUCGUAAACUAAACACUGCCGAAAUACAUAUAUCUUUCGAAGAUGCGAGCUCUUUCGAAGACAAUGACGCCGAUCCUGAGGAAAUUUUAUCUGGAGAAAAUGAUGUCGAGUAUGCUGAACUAUCCAUGACGCAGAGACUACCACCGAAAUCAAAUAACAACACGGCAGACUCCAGUAAUUUAACCAACACUAACCAGUCCACGGUUGUCAGCGGUGCAGUGGCAGAGGACACAACUGCCAUUGACGAGGAGCUAAUGUUACUAACCUUGUUUGACGAUUCUCCGUUGAACUCUACUUCUCUAAAUGAAAGCGGCUCAAUGUUAAGUAACCAAACAAGUCGUACAUCGCUCCGACAACCGGUGAUAUCUGCCAGCGUUUUCGAAAGUCUAUUGGAGCCACCUAGAUUGAAUGCCAUACCACUCACCGUCAAUGAUUCGGAUUCAACAGAAAGUAAUUCGAACUCUGCAACUACCACAUCCUCCAAUGGUGACGAUAGCAAUUUAGCAUGGAAUUCUCAGAAACCGUAUGACCGAUUUGAUCGCAUGUUGAAUAAUAUUCAGCUAAUGGAGAAUACUGCCAUGGGUGUAUCAUCAAGAUCAAACGCGUCAACUAUUUCAAAAGCAAACAUAAUUAACUGCCGUUUGCCAGAGGAUACUCAUCAAGCUCCAGAAGCUAGUUUGUCUGCUCCAGUGUCAAAAACCACCAGUACAAGCGGAAGGCAUGCUUGUCAAAGUCAUGCAUAUGAUGCCCUUUCGUCUUCUGCCAGGACUCGCAAACGGGAACGAGAUUGGGACAGCCAACACCGAAACAUUCUUUCUAUCAGUACAAAUAGAAGUAACUCGCCGCUAGCGGUGGAUUUGAACUUAGCCACAUCUUCCAACGAUGCCAACCCAUCGAAAAAUUGGGUGGGAAUAUUAAAUCUCGAUAGAACCAACGUGCCAUCGACGUCGAAGGAUUACCAAAACCAUAUUGCACAUGAUACUCAUUUUUGGACAAACGUAUUUUUUCCAUCCACAAGUGCGGAAGGUGUUGGACCGGCACACCAGCAACAUAAAAUGGAACAAGACAUCGGAAAUCAGCUUGAUACCCAGGAAAACGCGUCAUCGACAUCCGUGCAACCGGCUUCCUCCAACAGUGAUCCUGCAUGCUCGCAAUCAGACGUUAGCCGGUUUACUGUACAUUAUUUGAACAAACUAAAGAAGAUUAAAAAAAGUUCCCUCAAUAGGAACAGAGAUUUCGAUAAUGUUAUUAAUGAAAGCGCACGGAAUACAUCUACAUCAUCUCAGCUCAACAUAAACGAAAGCUUGUCUGAUGAGUAGGUUUGCCAUGAAAUAACAACAUCAAAGCGGAAAUAAGAACUGAAUUAAAGAUUUUAUUCGUACUUUUAUAAAAACUAUACUUAGCUAGUCUGAAAUACGUAGUUGCAAUUUCAAAACAUCGUAAUACGUCAUAUACUCUCGACAUUAGACAAAAUUUAUUGACUGAAUUCGUAACAUUCGGAAAUGAACUGAUAUUAUAAACAGUCAUCCUAUUGAAAUUAAAUGUUUUAAAUAAUCAAAAAAAUAUGGUUUGGAAUAAUUAAAAA